ACGUCUGAGUGUUUGCAGCAGUGGCGCAAACAAGCCUGCUUUACGGCAGCUGAGAGGUCGUUCGUGAACUGUGGGCCUGAAGAAGGUUAAAGUGACUCUGAAGCGAACGUUCCAGGAAUCAUGCCGUUCGUUGACCUCCAGUCAAGGCUGGGUAUUAAUCUGGACCAGUGGCUCUUGGCUCAGAGCGGGGAACAGCCACAGAAGAGGGUCGCUCGCUGCCAUGCCUUUGAGAAGGAGUGGAUAGAGUGUGCCCACGGCAUCGGACAGACCCGGGCCAAAAAAGAAUGCAAACUAGAGCUGGAUGACUUCUACGAGUGCAUGCACCGCCGAAAGACUCAACAGCGCUUAUAUGAGGUGCGUAAGCAGAAGGAGAAGAUGAUUAAAGAGGGAACUUAUACCCCCCCUGCACACCACGCAGGCAACGAGGAGGCCCGGCCCUGAAUCCAGCAACCCCCGUACCAUCACUCUCAACACAGUCAAACUGUUGUACAGUUGAUUUCUCACAUAUGUAUUAUAAUAUUACUGCUGUAUCAACAUUGUUUAAUGUUCGAAAAAUAAAUAUAAUGAUUCUGUGUAAUUGU